AAACCAAAAAAAAAAAAACAAAAACCAAACAGCAAAUUGUCAAGAGAGAGGAAGGGCAAAUUGUCAGGAGAGAGAAAGGAAAGAGGUUAGGAGGGAAGUCUCUGGGAAAGAGCUUUGACCUUUCUCUCUCUCCCUUCCUUCUCUUGUUGAACCAAUCCAGCCCAAUCUAUCUUUCUUUUGAAUUCUUGUUCUUCGUUAUAAUGCUCUCCUUCCUUGUCUUCUCUUAGAACCUCAUCACUCAACCUCUCUUCCUUUAUUUCCCACAUCUUCAUCCUUCAAAUUUCUACUCUUUGAUCUAAUUUUUCUGGGAAAUCAAAAACUUUCCCCCGAGAAUUUUAUGUUCGUACUGAUAUCUUAUGAUUCAUAGCUGGAUCUUGGAUCUUUAAUCUCAACGGUAGACACCCUUUUCUUAUUUUGUCCAAAAUCUCAGGUUUUGACUAAAAAGAUCAAAUUUUGAUCGAUCUGAAUCCAUUUUUCUCUUCAAAUCCGAAUACCCGUUACAACAACAGCCCAAAAGUUCAAUUUUUUUUUUGUUAUCCCUUUUACCUUUUUGUUUUCUGAUUCAUGGGUAAUUGUUGUGUAACUCCAUCAGCAGUUCCUUCCCCUGACAAUAAGAAGCACAAGAAGAAGCAAAACCCAUUUGCCAUCGAUUAUGGCCAAAACAAUGGAGUCCACCACAAGCUUACGGUGUUAAAAGAGCCAACAGGACGAGAAAUCGAGCAGAGAUAUGAGCUAGGCGGAGAGCUAGGUAGAGGUGAAUUUGGGAUUACAUAUUUAUGUACGGACAAGGAGACUGCUGAGAAGUACGCUUGUAAAUCCAUCUCAAAGAAGAAGCUAAGGACGGCAGUGGAUAUAGAGGAUGUAAGGAGAGAAGUGCAGAUCAUGAGGCAUUUGCCUAAGCAUCCUAAUAUUGUGAGUUUGAAGGAUACUUAUGAGGAUGAUAACGCAGUGCAUUUGGUUAUGGAGUUGUGUGAGGGUGGAGAGUUGUUUGAUAGGAUUGUUGCUCGAGGUCAUUACACAGAAAGAGCUGCUGCUGCUGUUACAAAGACCAUUGUAGAGGUUGUUCAGAUGUGCCACAAGCAGGGGGUGAUGCAUCGGGAUCUAAAACCUGAGAACUUUUUGUUUGCAAACAAGAAGGAAACUGCUGCUUUGAAGGCAAUUGAUUUUGGACUGUCGGUGUUUUUCAAACCUGGUGAAAGAUUUAAUGAGAUUGUUGGAAGUCCAUACUAUAUGGCUCCUGAGGUGCUAAAGAGGAAUUACGGCCCAGAAGUAGAUGUUUGGAGUGCUGGAGUCAUACUUUACAUCUUACUUUGUGGUGUUCCACCCUUUUGGGCAGAAACUGAACAGGGAGUUGCACAAGCAAUCAUUAGGUCUGUUAUAGAUUUUAAAAGGGAUCCUUGGCCCAAGGUUUCAGAUAAUGCAAAAGAUCUCGUGAAAAAGAUGCUUGAUCCUGACCCAAAUCGUCGGCUUACAGCACAGCAAGUUCUAGAUCAUCCCUGGUUGCAAAAUGCAAAGAAGGCUCCUAAUGUAUCUUUAGGUGAAACAGUGAAAGCAAGGCUCAAGCAAUUCUCUCUAAUGAACAAACUCAAGAAAAGAGCUCUGAGGGUCAUAGCUGAGCAUUUGUCCGUAGAGGAAGUUGCUGGCAUAAAGGAGGGCUUCCAAGUGAUGGAUACUAGUAAUAAGGGGAAAAUUAACAUUGAUGACCUAAGAAUUGGGCUGCAGAAGCUAGGUCAUCAAAUCACGGAAACUGAUCUUCAAUUUCUAAUGGAAGCUGGUGAUCUAGAUCGAGAUGGGCAUUUGGACUAUGGAGAAUUUGUGACCAUUUCUGUUCACCUAAGAAAGAUGGGUAAUGAUGAACACCUCCGAAAAGCAUUCGAAUUCUUUGAUAGGAACCAAAGUGGGUACAUAGAAAUUGAGGAGCUAAGACAUGCUUUGGCUGAUGAAGUUGUUGAAAACAUCGAAGACGUCAUUAACGCAAUUAUUCAUGAUGUGGACACAGACAAGGAUGGAAGAAUAAGCUAUGAUGAAUUUGCAACAAUGAUGAAGGCCGGUACAGAUUGGCGAAAAGCAUCAAGGCAGUAUUCACGAGAACGGUUCAGUAAUCUGAGUCUCAAAUUAAUGAAGGAUGGUUCAUUACAGUUGAACAAUGAGGUCAGAUGACUCAACAAGAGAGAAUCAUGACAAUUAUCAAAAGGCUAAGAGCUCACUCAAGUAUUUUUUUUUUUCUUUUCUUUCAUUCAGAUUCUCUUAAAAAUUUUUUGGUAACUAGGAUUUGAGCCCUGGUUGAUAUUUUUUUUUCUUGAAUUUGUAAUGUUCAUUGUGUUUGUUGUGAGAGAUUGGUGGGGAAAAAAGGAAGUGGAGUAGUAAAACUUGAAGGGGAGGGCUGUUAUUUGUGCUUGUAAAUAAUUUUAAUGUUAUUUGUUCCAUCAAAGUAAUCACCUGGCUAUUGUUACGUGUAACUUACAUGAACAAUGUGAAUUUUAUUCGUACGUUGAUUGAGAUUAAGGGCCUGUUUGACAA